AUGGAACCAGGUAAAAUAUAUAGGGACCCAAACUUACGCUUGAAUGAUCAAGAAUGGCUUCGAAUAGAUAGUGCGACAGAUCAUCUUAGUGCUUUAGCAGGUCCAUCUACUUUACAAUCUUUAAUAGAUACAAUUACUAAAGGAGUAGUUGAUAAAUUUUCUUUCUUCUUGCCUAAGAAAAAUAAAGAAAAUGUUUUAAAAAAUGACGAAGUCGAUUUGGAUGAUGAAUUGGCCAAUCUUACGAAGAAGCAGUUGAAGUUGCACAUAGCUAGGGCUGUUAAAAAAGCUAGAAA